AAGAGAGAGAGAGAGAGGAGGAGGGGGAAACAAAAAUAAAUUACUGAGACUCCCAGGUUCAGUCCGAGAAAAGUAUCGCAAGAAAUUCCUGCCUUCUACUUCUGAUGAGAGUCUAAGCGGGAAUCCUACAACGAAAGGCGGAGUGGUACAUCGCAAUCAGUUACUUCAGCCUUCGCUUCAAGGGGUUUGUUGCCGAAGCUUUCAAAACAUUUCCAGCCAGCGCUGUAACAACAUGGGACUUUGGAUGAUGUUGAUCCUGCCUUUGGCAGUCACGGUUGGACAGGUCACGAUGCUGCAGCCGGAGCGGACAGAUUUCACUUAUCAUCUAUCCCAUGCAAGAGCCGAUGCCGCGAAUCCAAAAGAUCAGCGCUGGAGACGAAGCACGCCCAUUAAUGUUGACUCCGUCAAAACUUUGGAGACUGAAGGGGUCCAGCUGAGCCAGGACCUAGUAGGAGCGAGUCUUGCCAUUGACACCCUGCCAGACAAUGGAACUAAAAUUGUGGAAGAUGACCAUAACUAUUAUGUAUCCAGAAGCUAUGGGCCAAAUGAUUCUAGAACAAAGGAGCUGUGGGUUGACUUCACAAAGGUGGACAAGAAUAAAGUGAAGGUGCACAAUAUUCUGUCGAACACACACCGACAAGCUUCGAGAUUGAUUCUGUCCUUCGAUUUCCCUUUCUAUGGCCAUUAUCUGCGUCAGAUCACCAUAGCAACUGGAGGCUUCAUAUUCACUGGAGAUGUGAUCCAUCGGAUGCUGACGGCCACUCAGUACAUUGCACCACUCAUGGCCAACUUUGAUCCCAGUUACUCCAGGAAUUCCACUGUCAGAUACUUUGAUAACGGGACAACAUUUGUCGUCCAGUGGGAUAAAGUGUUUCUGCCUGACCGGGAGGAAGUUGGUAGUUUCACCUUCCAGGCCAUGCUAUGUCAAGAAGGGAGAAUCGUGUUCAGCUACAAGGACGUUCCAAUAACUGUGACUCAGAUAAAUUCAGCACAGCACCCUGUCAAAGUAGGCUUGUCUGAUGCCUUCAUGAUAGACCAUGUGGCACCACAUGCUCCUGAUGGCCAGAGUCGAACAAUUUACGAAUAUCACAGGGUGGAAAUGGACAAGACGAAGAUUAGGAGCAAUUCCGCCUUUGAGUUCACUCCAGUUUCCAUGUGUCUGCAGCAUCUGAGUUGUAACGCCUGUGUCAAUGCUGAGGAGAACUUCAACUGCAGUUGGUGUGGAGUACUCCAAAGGUGUUCCAAUGGAUUUGAUCGGCACCGACAGGAGUGGCUGGACUAUCACUGUAUGGACGAGCAUAACAUUGAGCUCUGCGAGAAUCUUCCAGAACAUUUCCAAGAUACCUCCUCAACAACAACCCUUUCAAACUCAUUGGAAAGCGACAUCACAUCAGUGCUUCUUUCAAGCAGUCUCACAACAGAAGAUGACACAAAAUUGAUCUUUCAUGUGAGGGAUGAUGCAAUAACAGAAGAGAGCCCAGCAGAGAAGAAGGGAAAUCCCAUGCACACUGGUGUGGUGGUGGGCAUCGUGCUGGCAGUUAUUGUGAUCACUGUCAUUAUCCUAGUCGUCAUCUAUGUCAAUAGUCAUCCACUGUCUUCUGCAGCCUUAUUUUUUAUCGAGCGCCGUCCCCACAGAUGGCCAGCCAUGAAGUUCAGGAACAAUGGUGGACAGCCAACCUACACAGAGGUGGACACCAUGGGUCAUGAUAAAGAAGGGUUCCUGGAAGCUGUGCAGUGUUAAAACCUUCCCAGGAUGAACCAACUGAAGUGAAAAAUGAUCAUGGUUUUCCUAACCAUGAUGCACAAAGCUUGUAUUCUCUCCAUUUCCCAGAUCCCAUCUGUGGAGGAUUACCUUACAAACUAGCUUCACAUUAUGAUGGAAUUGUACCGACCACCAUCCCUGCUAACAGCCAAUCCUACCUAUGACAAUAUGAUGAAGAAUAAGUUACAACUAAUAAGUAUAUGUACAUUUAUUUCUUUGUGAACCAGUUAUGUCCAGAUCCAUAUAUAUGCAACAUACCAGAGUAUAGGUAGACCUUAUACAAUGGGGCAUUUUCAUCUACUUUGCUGGGGAAGUGGAUGGAAUUUUGACUUGGUUCAUAUAAUUUAUAUAGUACAGUUAAGACCAUAAAGUAUAGAAGCAGAAUUAGGCCAUUCGGGCUAGCAAAUCUGCUCCACCAUUCCAUCAUGGCUGAUCUAUUAUCCCUCUCAACCCCGUUCUUCUGCCUUCUCCCCAUAACCUUUGAUGCCCUGAUUAAUCAAGACCCUAUCAACUUACACUUUAAAUACACCCAAUGAUUUGGCCUGCACAGUUGUCUGUGACAAUGAAUUCCACAGACUCAACACCCUCUGGCUAAAGAAAUUCUUCCUCAUCUCUAUUCUAAAUGGAUCUCCCUUUAUUUUGAGCCUAUGCCUGUCAUGGUCCCAUCAGGCAAUGCCCCACCUGGCUAUUACCUCAGUAAUUGGGCCUCAAUCUCCUCGUCUAAUUUCCUAUCAUUCCCAGUUCCAUUAAUUACACACACCUACUUCCCAUCAGUAAAUGCAGGAUAAAAACUCUGGAAUCACAGCAAGGAGCUGCCAGUUCAUUGGUUGACUCUUGUAUGAGUAACCUCGUUUCAUGGUUCUUUGGGACUGUCAGUUCUAAGUUCGGCACCGCUUCCUGGAUUCUCUACGUGAACCUGGUCUCCGCGUAAAGUUUCUCCUGGAUACCGUUCCACGCUCGCUACAGUGAAAUGCCUCCCAGCUCUGUCUCCGUGCCUGUGUCCUGCACUUAGGUUCGUCCCCAGCUACAUCCUUGCAACAGAACGAACUGAACAAGAAUGAACCCAGCGGACACAGACCCCAUGCUACAGGCCCUCAUCAGCCAGGGCUCCCUACUGGGCUUACAUGAUCAACUGCUGGGAGAAGUCAUGGAAAACCUUCAUGUCCUGUCCGAGGAUGUAAAGAAGGUCUGAGCAGGUUGACCGGGUAUGCACUGCCCUUUCUCCAUCCCUUCCACGAACCCAGUCUGACCAAACCGCAAACCUUAGGAUGGCUACACCCCUUGGGUCGGCAAUACCAUCACCUCGAGAGCCGUACGUACCUGAAUCGGAACCCUACGCUGGGGACCUAGGGAAGUGCCAGGUUUUUUUACUGCAAUGCUCUCUGGUUUUUGAGCAACAGCCACGUACGUACAGCUCAGACAGGUCAAAAAUUGCGUACAUCAUGGGGCUGUUGCGUGGGGAUGCCUUAGCAUAGGCCACCACGAUCUGGGACAACCGGCCAGAGGUCUGUUCCUCCCUCUCCUCCUUCGUCUCCAAAAUGAGGAAGGUUUUUGAACAGCCUAUUCGAGGCAAGGACGUCGCUAAGCACCUGCUGACUCUCUGUCAAGGCUCGCAAAGCGUAGCGAAAUACUCCAUAGACUUACGAACACUAGCAGCUGAGUCUGGAUGGAAUGACGAGGCACUACGGGAAGUGUUUCGACGAGGUCUCUCUGACAAGAUAAAAGGAAUUAGCAGCAAGGGAUGACGUGGACAGCCUGGACUCCUUGGUCUCUCUUCGCCACCAGGCUAGAUAGUCGACUUCGAGAGCGUCUGAGAGAAAAGACCAGUCACCCUGUUCUGGGGGGGUCAUCCCACAGCCCACCUUACCUUCUUCAACCAGCCCUAACUUCUCUCUCCCUUCCAUUCCUUGCAGAGCUCCUGUUCCUACUGUCCUGGUGAGUCAGAUGACACUCCCUUCAGUUCCCCAAACCCGGAUGCAGAUCCUGGCUAUUGUGAAUCAUCAACAACAGUCCCUGUCCCUAUCCGCCUUGGUGUAUUCCGGUGCCGAGGGAAAUCUGCUAGUUGAAGACAUAGCCUCCCAGGCUGGAAUACCUCAAGAGCCGCUAAAUACCCCUCUGGAGGCCCGGGCACUGGAAGGAUAACUGCUGGCUCGCGUGACCCACUAUACGCCACCCCUGACCUUGAUUCUCUCCGGAAACCAUCAGGAGGAGGUACGAUUCAAUCUCAUCCAUUCGCCUCAAGCCCCUCUAGUUCUAGGAUACCCAUGGCUGAACCACCACAAUCCCCACAUCGACUGGUCUACCGGGAGGAUAGUCAGCAUGGCCUGUUUUGCCACGCCAACUGUCUGUGGUCAGCCACAUCUCCCAGGGAGACUACCGCAACUCUGCCUGUCUUGGAACCCCUUGACUUGUACAGAGUCCCCACAGAAUAUCACGACCUGGGACAGGUAUUCAAUAAACAACAGGCUCUUUCCCUGCCCGUAUGAUUGUGCCAUCAACCUCCUCCCCGGGGCCUCGCUACCCACCAGUCAUCUUUAUAACCUAUCCCGACCAGAGAGAGAGGCAGUGGAGAAACACAUUAGCGAGUCCCUCGCAACGGGCAUUAUUAGACCUUCAUCCUCACCAGUAGGCGCCGGUUUCUUCUUUGUAGAAAAAAAGGAUGGGUCGCUUCAUCCUUGUAUUGAUUACCAAGGCCUAAACAAUAUAACAGUUAAAAAUAAGUACCCACUACCCCUCAUUAAUUCGGCAUUUGAACCACUUCACAGAACCACCAUCUGCUCAAAGUUAGACCUUCAAUGAUGUGCUGAGGGACUUUAUUAAUCGCUUCGUAGUCGUUUACCUGUUCUCCAAGACGGUGCAUUUUGUAGCCCUCCCUAAACUCCCUUCUGCUCAGGAAACCACAGACCUUCUCGUCUUCCACCUGCACAGAAUCCCCGCGGACAUCAUCUCCGAUCGUGGUCCCCAGUUUGUCUCACAGGUAUGGAAGGCCCUCUGUCAAGCCUUAGGUGCAUCAGUCAACCUGUCAUCAGCUUCCACCCUCAGACGAACAGGCAAACAGAACAGGUCAACCAGGACUUGGAAGCGACACUACGUUGUGUAACAGCAAACAAUCUGUCAACCUGGAGCGACCACCUCCCAUGGGUUAAGUAGGCCCACAACUUUCUGUUGAGCUCUGCCAUUGGGAGGUCUCCGUUCGAGUGCUCCCUUGGGUACGAACCCUGCUGUUCUCCGCGCAAGAAGAGAAGAUUGCGGUACCGUCGGUUCGGGACUAUAUUGAUCGGUGCCUUAAGAUUUGGGAGGAAACACGCACGGCCCUACUCAGAUCAACAAAUCACAAUAAGAAGACGGCCAACUGACACCAGACUCCAGCGCCAGAGUACCAACCGGGGCAGAUGGUGUGGCUUUCAUCCAGGGACAUCCCACUCAAGAACAAGCCUAGGAAACUCGCCCCUCGCUUCCUGUGACCGUUCAAGAUCGAAAGGGUGUAUCAAUCCCACAGCAGUCCGACUUAAACUGCCAAGAUCUAUACGCAUCCACCCUACCUUUCCCAAUUAAAGCCAGUUUCCGUCAGCCCCUUGUGUCCUCUGACCAAAACUCCCUCGUCUGCCCGUAUCAUCGACAACCAUCAUGCGUACACUGUCCAACUACUGGAUGUGCGUUGUCGGGGCAUGGGUUUUUAAUACCUGGUAGACUGGGAAGGGUAUGGUCCAGAACAGCAUUCCUGGGUUCCCCGCUCCUUCAUCCUAGACCCUUCCCUCAUCCAGGAUUUCCAUCGGGACCAUCCAGACAAGUCUGGAGGAUCGCCUGGAGGCUCCCGUUGAGGGGUGGUGGGGGUACUGUCAUGGUCCCGUCGGGCAAUGCCCCAUCUUGCUAUUACCUCAGUAAUUGGGCCUCAAUCCCCUCGUUUAGUUUCCAAUCAUUCCCAGUUCCACUAAUUACACACACUUGCUUCCCAUCAAUAAAUGCAGGAUAAAAAUCCUGGAAUCACAACAAGGAGCUGCCAGUUCAUUGGUUGACUCUUGUAUGAGUAACCUCAUUUCACGGUUCUUUAGGACUGUCAGUUCUAAGUUCUGCAUCGUUUCCUGGAUUCUCUACGUGAACCUGGUCUCCGCAUAAAGACUCUCCUGGAUACCUAUUCCACGCUCGCUAUGAUGCUAGCACCUCCCGACUCUUUCUCCGCGCCUGUAUCCUGCACUUGGGUUCGUCCCCAGCCCCGUCCUUGCAACAGUGUCCUCUGGUCCUCGACUCCUCUGCUAUUGGAAAUGUCAUGUCCACUUCCACUCUGUCUAGGCCUUUCAAUAUUCAAUAAGUUUCAAUGAGAUUACCCCCUCAUUCUUCUAAAUUACAGUGAGUACAGGCUCAGAGCCAUCAAACGCUCCUCAUACAUUAACCCUUUCAUUCCUAUAAUCAUUCUUAUUAAUAUGCAUGGAUUCAAGUUAAUAUGCACAGUUUUUCAUCCUCCUCUUCCCCCAGAGAUACAAACUCUGUGCUGUCCUCAUUGUCAAGGCCUGUCAGCAUUGUAUUUCACAUUUGCUUUUGUUUAUCUGUUUACAUUUUGAAAUAAAUGAAUUUUCGUUAUCAAAGGUGCACGUAGGACUGUCUAGAUUUAGGAGGGACAUAAGUCACAGAACUUCUGCAAUGAUGAUCCCAUGCCAGACAUAAUUGUUUUUUGUACAAGAAUGUGGGAAGGAAUCUGUGUCCCUGCUUGUGCUAUCUUAUUCUUCACCUCCCAUUCCCCCUAAACACCCCUGGGUAUCAGAUCCCAUAUGUAGAACUGGCUUACACUUGUUCAGUUUGUGUUUUGGCAAGACUGCUGGCUCCAGAUCUCAGAAGUUGUGGUCCAGAUGAGCUGGGUUCCACAGCUGAGGCAUGAAUAUGCCCUUGAUAUCAUGACUGAGUGUAAAUUCAAGAAUCCCUGCUAAAUCUAACUUCAUUGGCAAUGUUCUCAGUUGACUGGAGUCUGUGCUCACACAACGGAGAUUGGUUGAGGUUGUUGGGGGGAGAGACAAUGAUCUCAACCCUAGGACAUCACUGCUGGAGUUCCUCAGGGCAUUGGCCCAAGCCCAACAGUUUUUGGAUGCUUCACUAUUGACCUUCUGUGGGGUCAGGGGUGAGAAUGUCCACUGGCCAUUGCUCAUUGUUAAUUACGUUCCUCAACAUAUUAAUGCACGGACUAAUGUGCCAAGUAACCUUCAUGCCAAGCAAGUGCCAAACAAAGACGUGGGGAAGUCAACCCACCUACCCUUGCCAUCCUAUUAUAACAUUGUCACUAAGUCAGCAGAAGCUACAAGCCUCCAUUGACCAUAAUUGUUACUGGACCAGCCAUGUAAAGGCUGAAGAUUAUCUAUAUUUGUUACCUGAACAUCAAAACACACAGUGGAGUGCAUUUAAAGAGCAAACACGAGGGUCUCGGCCCGAAACGUCGACAGCGCUUCUCCCUAUAGAUGCUGCCUAGCCUGCUGUGUUCUACCAGCAUUUUGUGUGUGUUGUUGUGUGGAGUGCAUUGCUUGCAUUAGGGAUGUGCUGAGGGCAGCCCACAAGUGUCACCACGCUUCUGGCCCCAACAUAGCAUGUCCACAACUUACUCACCUUAACCUGUAUGUCUGGAAUGUGGGAGGAGACCAGACAGCUGAAGGAAAUCUAUGUGGUCACGGAGAGAACAUAGUUUACAUAGCAUUUAGAGCAACAGUAUUGUGUUAACAGCUAUGCUAUCAUGUCGGCAACCCCCCCCCCCCCCCCACUGUAACUGGAUGUAUAGAAACUGCAACAGUAGGUCAAAGUCUGGGCAAUUUGCAAAGAAGAGGGGCUCAUCUCUUGACAAAAACCCAAAGCCUUGCCACUGUCAACAAGGCACAAUAACAGAAUACACAUUAGGAUAUGUACAGCUUACGGUUAGCACAAUAUUUUACAGCACAGGCUAUAAGAUCAGUGUUUAUACAUUCUCCCCAUGACCAUAUGGGUUUCCCGCACAUGGUUCAGUUUCUUCCCGUAUUCCAAAGACAUACAGUUAGGGUCAGUGAGCUGUGGGCAUACUGUGUUGGUGCUGGAAGUGUGGUGACACUUGUGGGCUGUUCCAACACAAUCCCCACUAAUUGGAAUUGAUGCAGAUUCACUUAUGUUUUGAUGUACUUGUGAUAGAUCAAGCUAAUCUUUAAAAAACAAGAGUCCUGUAUUCACUCUGGACUGGGCAGCCCACUUGCCCAUCACCCCACCCACUGACCUAAACUUCUCUUCCUUCACCAAUCGGGCAUUGCGUCCGCAGUAUCUGCCACGUAGCAAGUACUCUGCAGGUACUUGCCUAGGCUCCUCCGGCUGCGCCACCCAAACCUAUGAACUUGACCUCCGUGGGCACAGGCAAGCACCACCAUACACAGUUUCAAUGGGCGUACAUACCCAGUGUAUAAAUGCCAUGAAAGUUAGCUUCAUGCAGCAGUGCUACUCUACAUUAUAAACAUGAGAACAAUAUUUUAACAUCAACAUGAGGUCACCUAGCUACAGGAAAGCUAUCAGUAAAAUUGAAAGAGUACAGAGAAAAUUUACAAGGAUGUUGCCAAGAUGAUGACCUGAAUUAUCAGGAAAAGUUGAAUAGGUUAGGACUUUAUUCCUUGGAGUGCAGGAGAAUGAGAAAAGAUUUGAUAAAGGUUUACAAAAUUAUGAGGGUACAGAUAGGGUAAUUUCAAGCAUUUUUUUCCACUGAGUUUGACUGAGUCUGGAAUAGAAGUCAUAGGUUAAGGAUGAAAGGUGAAAUGUUUAAGAGGAACAUGAGAGGAAAUUUCUUCACUCAGAGGGUGAUGUGAGUGUGGAACAAGCUGCCACUGGAAGUGUUGGAUGUAGGUUUGAUUGCAACAUUAAAGAGAGGUUUGGAUAAAUACAUGGAUGGGAGGGAUAUGGAGGGCUAUGGUCCAGGUGCAGGUCAGGGGGAGUAGGCAGAAUAAUAGUUUGGCAUAGACUAGAUGGGCUGUAGGGCCUGUUUCUCUGUUGUAGUACUCUAUGACUAUAACAUAAAUUAAACAUAAUUUAUACAGUAUGAUAAACAUAAAAUAAACAUAACAUUCUAGGCAACAUGGUAGCGUACAGGUUAGCAUAACUUAUGCACUGGCAGCGACCCAGGUUCAAUUUCCACUGCUGUCUCUAAAGAGUUUGUCAGUUGUUCCCAGUACCAUGUGGGUUCCCUCAGAGUGCUUUGAGGUGUGGGUCUUCAGGUUCCUGUACUUCUCCAAACCACACACUAUUUUGACUUGGGAGCACAUUGACAUUACUUCAGCAUUCUGGAACUCCCUGACUGAUGUGAGAACACCUUCACUAGAAGGACUGCAGUUGUUCUAGACUGCAAAUCAUCUCUACCUUCUCAAGGAUAAUUAGGGACAAGUAAUCUCUGCCUUGGCACCUUUAAAAAAUUAUAACCAGGAGAAAAGACUAAGCUAGAAGCAAAUGGGAGACUAAAUCUCCUGGUCUAAGUGGUUGUGUUUGAAUUGGGAUUCUCCUAGCUUCACAGUGUUUUCAACAACAAGCAGAGAUAGUCACACCUGUAUUCGACUUUGCCCAUGGAUCUCACAUGCACACACACACAUCUACGCUUUUGCACAUGCAUACAUAUUCCAAAAAUAAUGCAAGCAUGGCUGUUCUAACACAUAUGUGUACAUAUACACACAUAAACACACGUGGGGUUUUGAGCUUAGAUUGUUGGGGGGGCGGGCGUUAUCCCAGAGUAGGAAGUCUACUUUAUACCUUUCUCCUUGUUCCACAGGCAUUUUGAAAAAUUCCUUGCCCCUGUUCAGUCCAAAUUAGACCACUCAGCACAGUCCAUUUAUAGAACGUGGGGAUGUUCUGAAGGAUUUGCCAUAGCAUACGUGGAACAAUUCGACAAGAAUAUAUUUAUUUGUUUGCUUGUGUACACAGUUGGUCAAACUGCUUGUGAGCACUUGUGAAUUUCAAGGGCAGAUUUUACGUGUCCUGAUUUCAGAGCCAGUCUUCAAUGUGAUUGCCUCAUGUCUCACUUGUUCUUGUGCAAAUAAAGCUUUCAGAGUGCUUUUGCUUGCCUGCCUCCUCAUUAAUUCAAAAGGCCCGGAGAGAAUAUUUCCAACAUUGGGGGAGCCUAGGACCAGAGGGCACAGCAUCAGAAUAGAAGGAUGUCCAUGUAGAACAUAUGAACAGGAAUUUCUUUAUCCAAAGGGUGGUGAAUCUGUGGAAUUCAUUAUCACAAAUGGCUGUGGUGGCCACAUCAUUGGGUAUUUUAAAGUGGAGAGUGAUAGGUUCCUGAUUAAUGAAGAUGCCAAAAGUUGUGGGCAGAAGACAAGAGAAUGGGGUAUAUAGGGAUAAUAAGUUAGCCAUGAUGGCAUACCGAUAACCCAAUUCUGCUCCAAUGUCUUAUGUCAUAAUACGGCAGCUGGAGAAGCCAGACUGUUUCAAGAGAAGAUCCUACAGCCAACACAGAGAAACAGUGAUAACAUUUCUGGUUGAACACACUCCAUCAAAUUCAAAGUAAAAAUUAAUUAUCAAUGUACUUAUACACUCAGCAUCCCCUUUAUUAGAUAGUGGCCACUGAGUGUAUGUUCAUGAUCUUCUGCUGCUGUAGCCCAUCCACUUCAAGGUUCAACAUGUGCAUUCAGGGAUGUUCUUCUGCACACCACUGUUGUAACGUGUGGUUAUUUGAGUUACUGUCACCUUCCUGUCAGCUUGAACCAGUCUGGCCAUUCUCCUCCGACUUCUCAUUAACAAGACAUUUUCACCCACAGAACCGCCACUCACUGGAUUUUUCUGUUUUUCUCACCACUCUCUGUAAACUCUAGAGACUGUUGUGUGUGAAAAUUCCAGGAAAUCAGCAGUUUCUGAGAUAUUAAACCACCCUGUCUGGCACCAACAAUCAUUUCAUGGUCAAGGUCACAUAGAUCACAUUUCUUCCCCAUUCUGAUGUUUCAUAUGAAUAACAAAUGAAUCUCUUGACCAUGUCUGCAUGCUUUUAUGUAUUGAAUUGCUGCCAUAUGAUUGGCUAAAUAGAUAUUUGCAAAGCGAACAGGUGUUCAGGUGUACCAAAUAAACAUGAGUGUGUGUUACCAUAUGUUACCUUGAGAUUCCUUUUCUCGCAGACAUUUAAAGGAAAAUAAAGAAAAGCAAUAGAAUUUAUGAAAAAAACUAUACUUAA